AUGGCCUCCCACGCUCCCGCUCACUUACCAACUGAGUCCGAAUCUCCCACGCUCAGGAGCCUGCUUUCCGUCUUUGGCGCUGGACCGGCGCGCCAAAAGUCCGAGUCAGUGACCGAGGAAAAGGACCUGGAGGAUGUCCGUGGUCAGCCCCCUCUUCCGUCUGCCAGCAACAUCUUCGGGAACGUAUCAGCAGUCACCAAAGUGAUCUGGGCCUUCACCAAAAAUGACUUGUUCACCGCCACGCUACCCAACGCCAUCUUCGCCAUCACAGCCGCAAUCGCUGAUAGUCAUCUCCGUGGCGAGGCCACCUUUUCCGAAAUAAUCGCCAGAUUCCCACUCACCUACUUCUUCAACUUCUACGCCCUACUCAUCUUCCAUCUCGGAAACCAGCGGCCCCGGGAGCCCAUCGCCGAGGGGCGGGUAACCAACACCAACAAGCCCCGAAGGCUCUUCUCGCCUGCCCCCUCCGGCAAGACCUUCACAACGCCCGAGCAGAUCCGCCGCGCCUACCUCGUCCUUCUCCCCAUCACCCUCGCCCUCAACCACUUUUUUGGCGUCUGGCACGAAGGGCUGAUGAUUCACCUCAUGACAUUCAUCUUCAACGACCUCGGCGGCGGCAACGAGCCCCUUGUUCGCGACAUCAUCCUGGGCAUUUCAUUCGGGUACAUCAACUCUGCCUCUCUCAAGAUCGCCCUCAACGCCCUCACCAGCACCACCAGCAAAAGCAACAGCAAUAGCCCGCACAGCCACACCUGGACCUGGCUCAACCUCGUCAGCGUCCUGAUCGCCACCACCAUCGGCUGCCAGGAAUUCAACAACAAGAACCACAAGGACCACCACUCCCAGGGAGGAGGAGGAGGACACCACCAAGAGGGUGGCGGCGGCGGCGGCGGCGGCGACAAGUCGGUGAAGCGCAAAAGGGCGCUAGCCAUCUUCCUCGGCGAAGCGGCGGUGCCGCGGGCGCAGCUGGCCAUGAUGAUGCCUCUCUGGACGCUCGUCUGCGCCGUGUUCUGGCGGCUGAAAGUCCCCGUGGCUUCCUCGUUUGUGCUCUAUUCGCUGUUUGUGGCGAGCCGGGUGCUCACGCAGCGAAGUGUUGGCGCGGAGGAGCGGACGUGGAGGUUUUGGGCGAGGUGGACGGUUGUGGUUUAUUUGUUUCCUCUUGUUGCCGUUUUGUCGUCGACGGAUUGA